UAUUAACUGAUAUAUUAUUGAUUUUAUAUUUUUUCAACACUUAAGAUGAAACUAUGAAACUAUGGCAGCAUUAUAUUUUGAUCAUUUAAUUUUUUAUAGAAUGUGGCAACGCUGUGGCACUGCACAUCUGUUACUUUCGCGCCAAAAAAAGUAAACACUUAAACAGAAGUAAAUAGUUUUGGUUGUAAAAUGACAACAUUAAUUGAGCAGCUAAUUUCGAAGAUGGGUCUAAACGAUGAGCCCAACGUUUUAGAAAAGACAACUGAGCUACUACGAUUAUUGGAGCUUCGCUCUACAAAUGUUCCACUACAAAUAAAUGAGUAUGGGAAAAUUGUUUUGUGCGCUGACCUUGCGUCAUGUUUGCUUGGAAUUGGAUUUGACAAGGAGCAAGCCCUUAAACUGUCGGCACUGCGUAAAAGUCAUUACGCUAAUAACAAGCGCAUGUUUGAAAAGUUGCUUGAUCUGAAUAGACUGGCCUCUGUAAACGAUAUUUGCGUACAGCUCAGCCUUAACGAGGUGUCUCGCAAGGCUGAAGAGCUGUUGGCUUUGUUCAAAAAAGUUGCGCGCGAGAAUCCAGACGCUGACCAUCCACAAUACGCCGCAAUGGCUGUGUUCCAGGCGUGUCGUCUAAUGAAGAAGAAAGUGUCGAAGCCAAAGCUUUUGCCAUUUAGCAAUUUGCGUCCAACUCAAUGGCAGCAGCUUGAGCAGCAAUGGGAGCACAUGAUUGCACAGCAUCUCAAGGAAGCCAACGUCGGAUCUAGCUUGAAUAAUAAACUAGACCUCCAACAGGAGAAUUCAGUGAUCAACAAGAAAAGUAGUCAAACUCCUGAGAUUGAAGACUAUGAAAAAUGGAAGUCUCGAAUGUUAGCCUUGGCUGAAGCUAAACUCAAGGAAUCGGAAAGCAAAGUGGAGGAGAAUAUCAAUUAAUGGUGAUAUACAUUAU